CCUGCUGCAGGCUUUGAGGCUCAUCCUGGCCCAAAUGGCCCAAACAUGACUCGUCUUUGCUAUCAGCGCACAGUACGAGUCCAGCCAACUACUCCGUACUGGCAUAAUUAUGCCCCGGCAGAAUGCAGAGCUCGCUAUUCGCCACGCUGAUCUGCCACCCGGACGGCGCUAGCAGAGUCUAUGACUGCAUCACUGAUUCUGUGCUAGCCGAACGCUAUUUGUGCAGGGUAUUAUUAGGACUAGUAUCAGCGAGAACGACAUGAUUGGCCGGAUGCCAUCCCUGGGUUCCGGCUGGGCCCCGCGCACCCCACCGGUCCCAGCCUGAAAUUUUUUUCUUUCUGUUUUUUCGGCGCCUUGCCGUUUCAGGCUAGAGUGUUCCAGCCGGCUGGCCUUGAAAUGCACUCCAUGCAUUGCCCUAGGCCCUUUUCGGACAGCCCCGCCCACCCGCCUAGCUCCUUCCUGCGCUGCGGAUGGCCCUGCUGCUGCCUCCUAGCUUCGUCUCUUCCUCGAUCAGCAUCAUCGUAUUAUAAUCAUCAUCCUCUCUGGCUCUCCUUAUUCUCCUCAUCCCGUCCUUUUGAUCGUCGUUAUCAUCAUCAUCCAUCAUCACCCAUACUUUUGAUCGUUGUCUUAUUGCAGUGUGGAUGGAGCUGUGUUGUCAUCGCUGAUAUUCAGGAUCGCCCAUUGAUACUACCAACGACACAGACAAAACCCACUGGGCCAUUUUUACAUUGCCCAAUCAGGCUCGCCACAAACAAACGGCCGUUACGCGGUUCCUUUUUUUCUCUAAUAUUUUCACGCUGUCGCCGCCCGGCAACCCACACUUGCUCAGAUACCCACUUGAUCUCCUACCGAUUUGUUCCGCCCUGCGACCUCCCCCCUUCGCCGCCAGUCGCUCUACCUAUCCUGAAGAUUAUCACUGCUGCUGUUGUUGUUGUCUUUUCUUGCUCUUUUUCCCUUACACCCCUUCCCUCACACAAAAUGCCUUAUAACACACGCCGAAAAUCCUUGUCGCUGCCGUCGCUAGGCAUUCACUUGCCUAAUGCUUCCCGUUCGCACAGAUCGCCUUCCACAUCCAAGGGCUCUAGUGCGACAGAUGAACAGGUUCCGCCACCCAAGAAAGUCAAGAGGUCGCAUGACGCUGAGUUGCCCGCUACGGAUUCGAAUAAAUCGGUAUCAGCGACAACAAUAAUAGAUGCUGCUCGUCCCAAACUCGCGCGCGGCGUCUAUGAGCAUACGCCGCCCCCGUCGCCUGGAGAUGUCGGCGCCGUGCCUAAGAUCGAUACCGACGGCAUUCAUGACGAUGUGGUGGUCGCCGCCAUCACCCAGCUGGAAAAGACUGGGAACAAGCCUCACCUCGUGCGCGAACUUGCUGCUGUCCUGAUCAAUAUCAACGAAACCGUUGCUAAUUCCGCAAACCCGGCUGCGCUACUCUCAUCCCGACUGAGCUCUUACAUGAAGCGCUCCUGGACUGCGUUGUCGCCUUGCCCCAUUGGAAAGGAGCUCAUCAACGUACACCCUCGGAAGCCCUUACCCGAUAACUUGGAUGAGAUGAUGACGCCGAGCCUGUCCAGUGGCAGCGUUGACCAAGAUGACGAGGACGAUGACGACGUUAUGGCGCGCGAACGUUCUCGAUUGAGCCCUAGUCCCGAAAUCGAUCUUUCUACCCCUGAAUUCGAGGAGCAAGGCGACCUUGAUGGACAUAGAUCCAAUGAUUUGAGCAGAUCUGCAACCGGUUUCUCCGAUCAACGUACUCACCGCUUGUCGCAUAAUCAUCGCGCGGCCUCGCCACCCCUGGAGGGUGACGAGCGCGAGUUCACGCAGACUGCGAGUUCUGUGCGCGAGCGAGCGUCGGAGGAAAAGGCCAGCCGACAGGGAAGCUUCGAUCACACCACCCCUGCAGGGGACGAAACGGAUGCCCAAUCCCGGGGAUUCCCUGGCUCUCCCAUGGAUGAAGGUCCCCUGACUGCGAUAAGUGAGCAACAUGAGUACGAUGACUACUUCUCGCACGGAGGCUCUCAUGACCAGCAUCAGGAUUUGGAUGAUGCAGCCGUUGCUACAUUGUUCGGUACAUCUCCAUCACCAUCCCUCGCAUCUUCACUGUCGUCUGGUACGACUGCGUCGGAAGCAGACUCUACCUCAGAUGGUCUUCUGUCACUAAAGCAGAGCAUCACUGAUAGUGCGCGAGGAGCUACACCUUCCUCUGUAGUUGAGGACAACUCAGCCUCCUCGGCCCUGAAACGCUCUUUUGAUAUGCUCGAGACUGGUCUCUCGAUCAAGCCGGAUAUGCAGGCCAAGCAGGUUAGCACAUUUGACUUUGACAUGGUCAUCGAUUCUUGGAGUGACUUGCGUAGCCCUGAGACCGUAGAGGUUGAUGAGCUUGACGAAAUGUUUGGAGAUAUCUGA